UUGAAACACUGUGCUUUUCAUUGAAGAGGUAAUAAUUCAGUAUGUUUAGCACCUUUGUAACUUACUGUUCAAGAUGGUAUUUUGAAAACAUGAAAUGAUUUUGCACUCUUAUUUUCUUUGAUGAGGUACUUAUUCACACAUUAUUAGCAACCCUUUGUAACUUUUUUUAAAUGAUUAGGAUGGUGCUGUGUAUUUUAAUCAAGUUGAGACUUAAUAGAGGUCAAAUAUUAGAUGAAAAUGUGUGGGUUUUUUAUAUGAUACUUCUUAAGCAUAUCAUAGACAAUGUGGAAACCAAUAGAUUGGGAUACUCUGAGACAUUUGUGUUGAUCUCCAUCAGAUCAUUUACUAUAGAAUAACUAGGUUGAUUUCAUAUUUAUGUUACAUUUUUAAAUUGCAUGUUUGGUUAAUCAAAGUGUAUGCCAUAUAGCUGUUCCAUAGAGUAACUGCAAUGCUACUUUGGUAGUCAAAUAAUCAUAACUUCCUUGUCGUUGUUUUGUUUACCAGGGAAGUUACUCUCGGAAGGAAAUUGUGCACAUUAGUUCAGACUUGAAAUUAAUCUCCAAGACACAGACAAUACUUUCUUAGACAUUUUCUUCUACAUGAAAUCUCUGAAACAUGUGGGAAUUGGCAAAUUGUUGUGUUUUUAAAAAAAAGUAUGUUUCUUUCUAAAUAAUGCUAUAAAAAUAUCUUAACUAGAAUGGUUGGGAGCACUGAUGGCUUGUGUUUUAAACAAUUUGAUAUGUUGUUCACAGUGGCAAUGAUACAGGAAAUACUUCUACUCCUGCUGCUGGCAGUCAGGGCCUCACCAGUGUUGAUGGCUGAGGUGUCAGUACUGGAGGGAAGCUCUGUGACCCUUCUCUGCGGAUACUCUGUGAAGGAUCACGGGUAUGACACACGCUGGGGCAGAAACUGUUAUUACAAAUUCUGGGGUGAAUGUGGAUGUUCUAAAACCAGAGUGAUCAAGAAAGAUGACAUCUCACCUAAUGACCCCAAAAAAUACAGCCUCAGCAGGGAAAACCUCACCAUUUCCAACCUUCAGUUGAAGGACAGGGGGAGUUACUGCUGUUGUGUAUAUAUCACAAGUGUAUUUUCCCGAGACUAUACAGAAUAUUACAAUCUAAAGGUAGUAAAAGGUUGUGAGAGGAACCUAAUGAAAGGAGUGGCUUUUGGGAUAAAUAAUAUGUUUCAAUCGCCGCCAUUCGUAACUAAUGCAAGUCAGUGCAGGCAGAAAUGCACCGAACAUUACAAUUGCCAGUACUUCACAUUUGUUGGGAAAGAAGCAGGAAUAAAUAACCAAAAUAACAGACACUUAUGUUUUCUGAUGGCCUCAACUGAUGAUAUGCCUGUCACAAUACAAUACCUUGAACAUGCAACAUCAGGCUACUCCCUGAAAAACUGCAGUGGUAUCAUCACCUACUCAGCCAAAAAGUACAGCCUUGUCCUUGAGGAGAAAAACUGGACCGAAGCACAAGAGUACUGCAGACAACACUACACAAACCUGUCCAUCAUACACACAGAAGAGGAUUGGAAGGCAAUUCAAUCUUCUUUGGGUAAUUUCAUCGGUGAUGUGUGGAUUGGUCUCCAUAGGCCUGGUUCAACUGAAAAGUGGAAGUGGUCUGAUGGAGAGGACUUCAUGUUCUUUAACUGGGAAAAGGGUUUUGGUGUCCACGCCGUGGGUCAUGACUGUGUCUUGUCUAUUUCAUCUCACUGGCAACCAGUCUCUUGUGCAACUCAAAGACAGUAUAUGUGUCAACGAGAAGUUCGUCAUGGUAAUGGAACAACAGAGAAGGUGUAUGAGCUGAUGCCUGGGGCAAAGACGCAGCAGGAUGCUCUGAAAGACUGCAGGGGCAAAAACAGAGAUCUGGCAAGUAUCUUGAACCAGAAAGAACAGGAAGCCUUUGAUGAGAUGACUGAAGGGGAAACCUGGAUUGGACUUGAGCACAACAACAGCAACACACUAUGGGAAUGGUCAAAUGGAGAAUCAUUUCAGCAAUGGGAAAACACCAGGGGAGAUGGAAACUGUGUACAGCUGAACAGAAAAUGGAGACCAAGAGAUUGCUCUCGUCAAAGUGCUUUCCUUUGCUAUGGAGAUGAACAUCCACUUAACAACACCGGGGAUUUAAACACUCCUGUUACACCUGAAACCACUAGCCCUACUUCAACUGGACCUCCGUCUACAGAAAUGUUUACCACAACACCUACCACCUCACCAACUACCACUACUAAUGGACAGUCCACCACAUCAUCAACUACCACUACUAAUGGACAGUCCACCACAUCAUCAACUACCACUACUAAUGGACAGUCCACCACCUCACCAACUACCACUACUAAUGGACAGUCCACCACAUCAUCAACUACCACUACUAAUGGACAGUCCACCACAUCAUCAACUACCACUAAUUACCUGCACUUCUUCAACGAGUCCAAGAGCUGGAUCAAUUCCCUGAAGUCCUGUAAAAGUCGUGGCUCCAAGUCUAACCUGGUGCAAAUCACCAACCAGACUGUGCAUGCUGACGUGACCCAGCUCCUGGCCAACGUGGAGCUGCAAUGUGGGGAAGUGUGGAUUGGUCUGGAGAGGUCCAUCUUUGAGUGGAACGCCCCCUGGCUGUGGACCGGUAGUGAUGUUGAUAAGGUGGUGAAGUACAGUGACUGGCACAGCUGCUUCCCCCUCAACCCCAUAAAUUACCACUGUGGUAAGAUGGUCCGGGUUGGUAACGGAGAACUGAAGUGGCUGGAUGCUUCCUGUCAUCAGGAAUUACCCUUCAUAUGUCAAGAUCUCCACUAGAGGGCUCUACAUGGCAGCCUGGACAGUCUGCAGACACUCAGGGUCUGGAAAGGGCCUGCAUUUCAAUUCAUUAUAUUAUUAAACCACAAUUACUAUUAUUAGAAUUAUUAUUACUAUUUUUACUUAUC